AUGGCGGACUUGAUCUCCCCACUAGUAAGCUUCACUACGAUCACUCCUUUUAGAGGAAUCAUUUCUUGUUUGGUACUUUCGGUGGCAUAUGUUGCCAGCUUAUAUGUUUUAAAGUCUCCUUAUCCCAGGUUAGUAAGCUAUAAGAUAUUUUUUCUUUUUCAGUUUCGGAGUAAUCUGAUCAAAGAAAGUUUUUGUUAGACGGUUCACGUUUAUAACCAAUCAAAUAAAGCUUAAUAAAACUUUUCUGGCAAAUGAAAGUUCAUUUCAAUUUACUCAACUUGACUUUAACCUUUUUUCGGACAGAACGAAAAGAACGCAUUGCCGUCAUUCUACAUUACAUAUUCUACGUUUUCCCUGUACGUCGGUAACAUUAAAAUGGCUUUUUAAAAUUUUUGAUGAAUCUAUUUAAAAAAAACAAGAACAAAAACAAUAUACAUGUAUACAGGGUUUGCAAUAUAAGUAUGAGUAACUGAGACUGUACACUAGACUAGGCUAAAUUUAAGAAUACCCGGCCACCUCUUUGCAUAUGAUUGAAUAACAAAAGUGCCUAUUGUGAUAUACCUAGCAAGUGAAUGAAUAACUUAACCUUGUUGUUUUGUUCCUUUAUCAGAGAUCAUCCCAAGACUAUAAGACAGCGGUUUAGAAGCGUUUUUGUUGUCUCUCUGAUGUCUCCGUUGUAUGUUUGGCUUUGGGCAGAUGGAACGAGUGAUAAGACUGUAAGACUACAGAUUGUUUAUACAGUUAAACCCCUCUUUACAGACACCCGCUUACUGCGCUUUUCACAAACAUGCAAACUCUAAAGUUCAAAAGCCGCCUUCACAAUUGCGUUUUUCGCUGCCGUCAAUCAUAAUUACGAUCGCAAACAACGAACCUGGAAACACAGAAACACACAAAACAGAUCGAAAUCCACCAAUCACAAAUAACAAACCUUGACCUUUUGAACCCAUUAAAGUAAAGUUUUGUUUCCUAGGAAGUCCAUUAAGAUGAUUGACGGCAAUCGUCAGUUGGCUUUUGAACUUCAGAAUUCGCAUGUUUGUUAAAAGCACAGUAAUAUGGACAUCUCAUUAUUAUGGACAGUUUGCUUUCUCCCUACGGAAAAAAAAGCCCUAACAUUUUCUCUGAACUCAACUGGCUUAAUGUGGACACUUUCUAUGGCCCUCCUAUCAUCUUUAUUGAUGGAGUCUGACUGUAUUGUAAAUGCCACAUAAGUUUCUGUGCUCUCUGUAAUCACACUCUUGAGGUAGAUAAUGUAACAAGGGGUAACAUGGGGUAACAAGGGGUAACAAGGGGUAACAAGGGUAACAAGGGGUAACAAGGGGGAACACGGGGUAAAAAGGGACCGUGACAUGGGGUAACAAAGAGUAACAUGGGGUAACAAGGGGUAACAUGAGGUAACAAGGGUAACAAUGGGGUAACAAGGGUAAAAAGGGGUAACAAGGGGGAACAAGGGUAAAAGGGGUAACAAAAGUAACAAGGGGUAAAAAGCAGUAACAAGGGAGAACAAGGGGGGACAAGGGUAACAAGGGGUAACAAAGGUGAUAAGGGUAACAAGGGGUAACAAGGGUAACAAGGGGUACCAAGGGGUAACAUGGGUAACAUGGGGUAACAAGGGGGAAACAAGGGGUAGCACGGGGUAACAAGAGGUAACAAGGGGUAACAAGGGUAACAAGGGGUAACAAGGGUAACAAAGGGUAACAAGGGGUAACAAGGGUAACAAGGGGUAACAAGGUGUAACAAAGGGUAACAAGGGGUAACAUGGGGUAACAUGGGGUAACAAGGGGUAACAUGGGGUAACAAGGGUAACAAGGGGUAACAAGAGAGAACAAGGGGGAACAAGGCUAACAAGGGGUAACAAGGGGUAACAUGGGGUAACGAGGGGUAACAAGCAGUACCAAGGGUAACAAAGGGUAACAAGGGGGAACAAGGGGUAACAUGGGAGAACAUAGGAUAACAAGGGUAACACGGGGAAACAAGGGGUAAAAAGGGAGAACAAGGUGGAACAAGGGUAACAAAGGGUAACAAGGGGUAACAAGGGGUAACAUGGGGUAACAUGGGGUAACAAGGGUAACAAUGGGUAACAAGAGGUAACAUGGGGUAACAUGGGGUAACACGGGGUAAGAAGUGGUACCAAGGAUAACAAAGGGUAACAUUGGGUAACAAGGGUUAACAAGGGUCACAAGAGGUAACAUGGGGUAACAUGGGGUAACAAGGGGUAAAAAGGGGUAACAUGGGGUAACAAGGUUAACAAGGGGUAACAAGUGUAGCAAAGGGUAACAAGUGGUAAGAAGGCAGAACAAGGGGAAACAAGGGUAACAAGGGUUAACAAAGGGUAACAAGGGUAACAAGGGGUAACAAGGGUAACAAAGGGUAACAAGGGGUAACAAGGGGUAACAAGGGUAACAAGGGGUAACAAGGGUAACAAAGGGUAACAAGGAACUAUAUACGACAGAGACUCUUAGACAUAGAACAGCAAAUAUGGAUUAGCAAAAUACACAAUGAUGAACGAAAGGACCCGCAUCAAAAAACAAACUGAAAACUUUUAGGAAAUUUAAACUUACCCAUGACUACGAUAAUUACCUCACAAAUGUAAGAAUCAUCAAUCAUAGAGUAGCAAUCACAAAGCUAAGAUUAAGCAACCACAAACUAGCAAUUGAAACUGGACGAUAUGUUAAACCCUAUCAACCACCAGACCAAAGAAUCUGUCCAUUAUGUAAAACUGGAUUAGAAGAUGAGGAGCAUUUUUUGAUGAAUUGCAUAGCCUAUAGGGAUCCUAGGAGAGAGUUGUUCAAUACGCUAAAAAAGGAAACUAAUCUUAUUCUUGACUCUAUGACUCCAAGCUCUGCCUUUACAACGUUGAUAAGAAAUUGUGGCUAAAUACGUAUAUGAUCGCUUCCGCGAAAGAGAUAGACGCGUUAAAUAUAACCUUGUUUAAUAGUUGUAUAAAUUUUACGAAUGUACACCUCUGUAAUUAUUGCACUAAAAUCUUUGUUAUCAUUGUAAACACAUGUGUCUGUAGGCGCUCUGUUGAUAAUAAAGCACUUAUCCUUAUCCAAGGGGUAACAUGGGCUAACAAGGGUAACAAGGGGUAAAGAGGGGUAACAUGGGGUAACAAGGGUAACAAGGGGUAACAAGUGGUACCAAGGGUAACAAGGGGUAACAAAGGUAACAAGAGGUACCAUGGGGUAACAAAGGUAACAAGGGUAACAAGGGGGAACAAGGGGUAACAAAGGUAACAAGGGGUAACAUGGGGUAACAAGGGUAACAAGGGGUAACAUGGGGUAACAAGGGUAUUAAACAAGGGGUAACAAGAGAGAACAAGGCUAACAAGGGGUAACAAGAGGUAACAUGGGUUAACAUUUUGAUGAAUUGCAUAGCCUAUAGGGAUCCUAGGAGAGAGCUGUUCAAUACGCUAAAAAAGGAAACUAAUCUUAUUCUUGACUCUAUGACUCUAAGCUCUGCCUUUACAAUGUUGAUAAGUAUGAAGCAAGGAGAGAAAACGCAAAAAAUUGUGGCUAAAUACAUAUAUGAUCGCUUCUGCAAAAGAGAUAGACGCGUUAAAUAUAACCUUGUUUAAUAGUUGUAUAAAUUUUACAAAUGUACACCUCUGUAAUUAUUGCACGGAAAUCUUUGUUAUCGUUGUAAACACGCGUGUCUGUAGGCGCUCUGUUGAUAAUACAGCACUUAUGCUAUCCUAUCCUAUCCUGGGGUAACAUGGGGUAACAAGGGGUAACAAGCAGUACCAAGGGUAACAAAGGGUAACAAGGGGUAACACGGGGUAACAAGGGGUAACAUGGGGUAACAUUGGUUACAAGGGAUAACAUGGCGUAACAAGGGGUAACAAUGGGUAACAAGGGGUAACACGGGGUAACAAGGGGUAACAAGGGGUAACAUGGGGCAACAAGGGAGAACAAGGGGGAUCAAGGAGAACAAGGGGUAACAAUGGGUUACAUGGGGUAACAAGGGUAACAAGUUAACAUCAGUGCUAAUGUACAGUAAAAGUUGAACCUCACUUAAACUUUACAUUUACCCGCAACCUUCCAUCAUUCCCUUUAUUUUUAUUUGCAUGUCAUUUAACUUUUUAGCAUGUACACAUGUAAAAAUAAUUCAACAUUGGAAAUCCAUCUUUUGUUUAUAAUCCUCUAUUAUCUCCUUACAGACCUUAAGGGCGGCAAGAGUAUAAAACCUUGGGGUAUUUAUUGACCAAAGGGUAGAUUCUUGUUCACAAUGACCAAUUAUUUGAGCUGAGUUUAGUGUUGGUUUUGGGCCCAGGUUCUUCUCUUAGUCAGAUCAUUCAAGUAUAUGAGACAGGUUGGCAGUCAAAACUGACCGUGAAUUAUUUGUUAUUACCUGAAAUCUAUGACAAAAUAAAAAUCAAUGAAUCAUUUUUCCUUGCCUACCCUUAGAGAUCAAAUAUGUUAGAAGCACUUUAAGUUGACGGUUUAUUUAACAGAAUUUGCUACUUGUGUGUGUAGAACUCUAUUUUUGGUUUUCAAGUGAUGUCACAAAAAUCCAAACACCAAAAUUGCAACAACUUUCAAGGUUUUGUUUCCAUCUAGCAAAAGAUAUCUUAAAAGUAAACUUCUAUGCAAGUUUUUCACGUGAUAGCAUUUUCUGUUUUGAAAAUAUAGCUUUUUCUAAUUUCCCAAGUUUACUCCAUGUGUCAUGACAUCAAUAUGGCGACCGAGAAGGCUGUCACAUAUGCUAAAAAAUGAUUUUAUCACAUGAUAUUAUCCCCUUUGAAUGGUGGAAGUAUGCAGGUGUAUGUGCUGAAAAAAUUGCCUGGGUCCUCAGGCGUAUUGAAACACCUCAUUAGUAAAUACGAAUUGUUUUGUCAAGCAAAUGCGUGUGUAUACCUAUUAUUUAAAGUGGAAAUUGGUGAAAGAUCUUUAUUAUUUCACAGGCAAUAGGAAAACAAUAGAUACCUAGCAGGAGUAGUAUCACAGUCAAGUCAUUAAGCAGUCUUGAUCAAAGCAAAAGUGAUCUUGUUUGGUUAUGAGUUGUAAGCUCUAAUAAUCAUUAAUAAUAGAGAGAAGAAAAAGAGGAAACCGUGUUGUUUUUUUUUUUUAAUGCAAGUGUGUGUUUAACUUUUCACCCAGUCAAAACAGUGGAUAAAUAUAACACUUCCCAGUUUCUAAACAGAAAUUCUCAACCACAAAUACUAUAAAUUUUCAUGACUGGUUGAGAGCUUCAGUUUCCACUUUUACCAAUGUUAGACCAUUGUAGCCGUUUUGCAACGUUUCGCAGAGCAAAACAUCCCAAGUGGCAAGGAGCAAAGAGAGACAGCUGUGUUUGCAGGCUAUAAGACCAUUGCUUCCUUCUACUAACUAAAAAUUGACCAUUAUUCACUACAUAGCUCUGGCGAAAUUGUAAGGCAGAGCUCCAUUCCGUGAAUGCCUGAGACUUGUAAUCAAGGAAAAUAAUAUAAAUAAAUAAAUAAUAUAUAUUUUUGUUUACUCUCUAGGCACUAUCCCUUUGGAAAUAUCUAGGAAUACAUUUGCAAAGUAUAUUCAUUGCAAUUUUGUUCCCUUUACUAUUGACUAUGGUAAGACAAUGUUACGUUAUUAUUCUUUAAUCAUGUAUCUGCUGUGAAUUUGUUAAGGUAAAAAGGUAAAGGCGCACACGAGCCAAAGGCCCAAACGGCCGGAGCUUAUCCCGGCUUCAUUAGCAUAAAGCACCUAGGAGUACUGCUACUCCCCCCUGGACCAGAUACUAGUCCAUCGCAGGGUUACCCCCCAGCAGUAUGUCGCCGGUAGCCAUUUAUACACCUGGGUGAGGAGAGACAAAGGGAAGUAAAGUUCCUUGUCGAAGGAAACAACGCGACGGGCGUGGCUUGAACCCGAGACCUCCAGAUCCGGAGUUCGAGGUGUUAACCACUCGGUCACUCAUGCCUCCACUGAAUUUGUUAAGGAAGUUACCAAUUAUUAUUGUUGUUGUUAUUAUUAUUGUUAUUAUUAUCAAUAUCAUUAUCAUUAUUAUUAUUAUUAUUAUUAUUAUUAUAAUUUUGAUUUUCCCAAAAAAAUUGUAAACAUUACGUUCAGUGAUGAAUUAAGUGGUAUAUAUAAUUUAUAUCUUCUAGAUUUUGUUCUUUGGUCCUACCAUGUUACUGUAUUUUAGUAGAGAAUUUGUCAGUGUAAAAGGUAAGGUUCAGCUUUAAAUUUGCUGGCAGAUUAUUACUACUGUAAGCAACUGUUUAGUGAGGUCAUUAGACAAUAAGAUUGUGGAAUUUGCAAUGAACUCCAGUAGCGUUAAGGAGUGUGAAAAUUGAAUUACAACAUUAUUUGAUUGACUGUUAACAAACAUUUUUUCUACCUUUUUUUUGUUGUUUGCGGCAGGUUUUCUUGAAUACCCAUCAAGCUGGGUUAAUUCAAUUAAUUUACGGAAUUACCUUGUGGUAAGACAUUCCAUGUUCAGGCUACACUGUGUGAUUUGUUGCUUAUUUUUAUCAGUCUCCACCUGGUACACGUACAAUAAUAGCUGACUCAUCUCCAUAGUGCCUGCGACACAGAAGAGUGUCAGUUCUGUAAGAGCAAUUGUCCCGAUAUAAUGCUUAUGUGGUGCACAUUGUGCCCAUCAAUGAUAACCUCGCUGCCCUCAAAUAAGCACUGCAUUUGAGAGAAAAAAGGUUCUGAGCACUGCCCCCGAAAAAGCGCCGAGACCCUGAUAUAUAAUCAAAAUCAAAAGACGUUAAUAAUACCAUAGUUAACACAAUUCUUUGUCGCGUCCAACUUUCAAAUAAACAGCGCCCUAAAAUUAGCGAGCUGCCCUCGAAUAAGCUCCACAUUUGAGGUGUGAAAAAUAAUCCUCUCGGCGUUUAUUUGAGUAAAUAACAUAGUUUAUCAUGGUGUUUUCAAAUCUUUUCCCCUAGGCUCCAUUAAGCGAGGAGUUUGUAUUCAGAGCAUGUCUGCUGCCGAUGUUAGUGCCAGGCUUUGGGAAUGUCAUGCCAAUAUUUAUUUGUCCUUUAUUUUUUGGAGUAGGUAAGACUGUAUUUUCGUGUAACCACCAAGCCUCUAUCUCGACCAUUUCAACCACAACGUCUGUGCCAGCACUGCUAAUUUACCCCAAGCGAUCCAAACUCACGUUACGAGGAAAGGGUGUAAAGUUAUUUACAUACCAUAGGUGACGCGUGCUAGACGCGCUGGUGUUGGUGCGCAGAUCUCUGUCUUGUAAAUGUACUUCUCAGACAAAAUCCUAUUUUCAACGCUCGCCUCAAGCGUGACAACGGUGCGUCUGUUUCAACUGUUUAUUAAUUAUUGCAAAUUUUACAGCAAGCAAUAUCCAUUGCCCGCAGUUAGUAGAUUAACUAGUCGAGGAGAGCAGUGGUUACACGUAUGUUAUAUGUAUACAAAUAGCUCACAAGCAAGACUAGAGAAAAAAAUAAAAAAUGUUAAAUAAAUAAAUAAAAAUAACUUCAAUUCAAUUAAGUUUACAAUCAUGUAUAUUGUAACUAUAAGAAGCCGAGUUUUCCGGAAAUUUUUGUUAUUAAGUCGGGUUAAAUUGAUAUAAUCAUUUUCUUCUGAAAGUAUUCGGAGUAAAGUGUCGUGGACAUUGACUUUAAAGUUAUUUUUGGACAUUUUUACGCAUUUCACACGGUAGACUAUUCCAGAUUUUUACACCAUAUCUUGUAUAAUCUUGAGUGUUUAACAUAAUAAUUAGCACAAUUAGACUCUUUUCUCUUAACGUGAGUUUGGGCCGCCUUUUACAUGUAUUUACCAGCACAUACAACCAUCACUAAUAACCUGCGUAGCAAGCGUUUCCUUUUAUCGUUAUCUUUGGCGUGAAGUAUGGUUGAUGUGUCAGUGUAAGACCUACAAAAAGUAAAAACACGGUGUUACAGUACUUAAUUUCCAAUAAAGAUUAAUUAAGGUCAUGAAUUUAUUACCAAAAAUAAUUGACAUAGUUUGUCUUGUUCUUUAGCUCAUAUUCACCAUGUUAUUGAAAGAUUGCAGCAUGGGGAGAAUCCAAAAGAUGUCUGGUUUAGUGCAAGUAAGUUCUAGCCGCUGUCAUCUACACUGUAAGUAGCCUGCAAGCAAGCUCUCCCGGGCGCUCUGGCGGUGGGGUGGGAAAAGAAGAAAGGAAAUCUUGCAACUAUGUCUCUGGAAUAUGAAUUCCUACUCCAAUUCCCCUGUUGCUCCCUGUCGAUUGAGCUGUCAGAUUUCCGCCAAUCAACUCGAAGCGGAAACGAGCGCGCAUGUAACCAAACAUUGAAAAAAAAGGUGCCAAGGGUAAUGACGUCAUUACUAAGAUCAUCUCCGCCAAUCAGCAUUUUACAUUUUGCAAGCUCUCCUUCCUUUUCCCACCCCCGCGGCCAGAGCGCCCCGGAGAGCUUGCUCGCAAGCUACAGUGUAAGCAGUAGCUAACAAGUAUAUUCACGUCCCUGAUACUGCAUUCCUCUACAUGUAACCAAAAACAUUGUCCCUCCCAACUUUACCCUACUGAGGAGUACCUGGAUUUACGAACCGUUCCGACAAUUGACGAAUGUUACCGAAGAUGACUUGUUUUGACUACCUCAGAACAUUGCUGAAGAUAGAUCGAUCAGUUUCGACGACCCUCAAUCUUUUUUAAGGGUUGUCUGACGAUUUGCGAUAGUCGCCAAUGCUUCUAACAUGGUAAAAGAUUAGACUGCGAGCACUGUCUCGUUGAGAGAAAUGUCGGACUACAAGCAGUGUAUCAAAGAGGGGCACACUUUAACAGCGAGACAUUUCGUCUUUGUUAAAUGUGUGAUGAUUAAUAAAACCGCAGAAAUGCUAUUUAGACGUGAUCUGUGCGCAAGUGUAAUUACGCAUAAUGGUAUGAGUUUGCAGAUGUAGGCUUAGUAACUGAAUAGAAUAAUGAUGGAAAUUCAUCAAUUUUAUGUCAAACCAGAGUUAUAAUGUAUAUUAAUGGUUUCCUUUUUAGUCUUUCAGUUUGGUUACACAACAGUCUUUGGAGGUUACUCUGCUUUUUUGUUUUUACGAACUGGUGAGUGUUUUGCUGUGUUUCGAAUCCAGAGUCAUGCACAAAUUAAACAAACAACUGAACAUUGCUAAUUAAGUACUGGAAGUCCGUGAGACUCACUUCAAAUUUUGUAGGAAUUAUACCUUUCACCAAUGAACUACAAUUUCAGCAAAACCAGAGACAGGAGAAAUAUGGAAACCCGAAAAAUGCUGAAUUUUCAGCAAUGAGAGCUAAAACCUAGUUGUUGUCAGAGGAACGAAAAAUCCUACCUGAAAAAUCAAUAAUUCCAAAACAAAGUUAUGCAUCUGCAUUUUAUGAAUAGGGCAAAUUGAGAAAAUAAAACUAAAGUUCGUCGGAAAGGGAACGGGGGAAGGCGAAAUGUGGAGGUCGAGAGCGCGAAGCGCGCGAGGGAUGGAAGGAAGGAGUGAAAAGAUAACCUCUCCUACUUCCCUCGCGUGUUUCUCGCGUUCUAGCACGCCAGUCCGAUUUCUAGAUACAGAACGGUAAGGUUUAGCAAAUAUCGCAUCUGUAGAAAUGCCCCAGUUAUUAUCGUCUCUGUUUUUUGUUUCCUAGGUCAUCUAAUUGGUCCUGUAGUAUGUCAUAGUUUUUGUAAUUUCAUGGGAUUUCCUCAAGUUGAACAGGUGCCAAGCGCGAAAUUUCCACGACGUAAGUUUUAUCAGGUGUUAUGCAUUUAACUUAAAUUGACGCGGUAGAAUUAGCUAAACGACACAGUUUUGCUUAAGCUUGAAAAUUUUGCUAUGAACUACGCCUCCUGCUCUUUUCGAGCAGCAGUGUAUUCUUUCUCGUUCCCUUCGAACUGAUAAGAGGGAGCUUUGUAACGAUAAAGUCGAUCGGAACCAUAGGUUGAAAAGAACUCGAAUUGCAGUUUCCCUUUUGAACACAUCUUGCUCGCCCCGGGCCAUUGAUGGAUUGUCUUACAUAAAUAAGUGGUUGUGUGGGUUGCGUCGUUGGGAAAACAGGUUAGCAGCGCAAGGAACGGAAACAUUAAAUGUUCGUAUUUAACUCCUCUCCAUCUACCAAAAUUAGCGCUCCAAACCUUCAGUUUUUUAACACAUAUUUAAGCUUGCUUUUUUUAGCUGUUUUUAUUCUCGUCGAUCCCCUAAUGCUCACGCCAUGAGUAUAAAACACUCUUGACUAAAUAAAUGAUUUGUUUUCUGUAUUUUUGCAGUUAUAACUGCGUCAUUUAUGAUUGGACUGAUUUUGUUCCUGGUGCUAGCAUUACCACUGACCAACCCAUCGUGGUAUCACUCUGUGUAUUAUCAUGAACAGUUGCGAGAUGGGUGAUGACGAACAAGUCGUAAAGGCAUCACUACAAAUACAUUGCGGCAGUCAAAAUUAAAUAGCCGUUGGAGUAAUCGACUUUUAGUUAGAAAAAAACUUGUGGUCGGUUUCCGCGCUCAUUUGCUUCUGAAUUCACUUUGGGGAACUUUCGGAAUGUGUAACAAGAAUUUUUACCUCCUCUUCUAACUUAUUUAUGCCCAAACUUUACUCAAUGCCAAUGAAUAAAAAUCAGUCAAGAAUUUUUUACCUACAAGUAAGAUUCUCGAAAUUUCUGUGGAUGCAAUUGUAAAUUAUAUGAUUUUUAGGGUCACAGCCGAUCACGUCCCAGGGAGUAAUGGAAUAAAAGAGGUUGCAGUUAACUAUAAUAGUUUGAGUAAACCCUUUUUAAAAAUAUUUAAGAGGGAAAUUGAUGGUGUAAACCCAGUCGUUAUUUCACAGCUGAAUGAAACAUUCUAGUUCUCUCGAUAUCAAAUAUAUGAC